AAUCAUCCAGACCCCACCCUAGUGCACGCCAUGGUAAAUAUUAAUGCUAGCUUGCCAUCGUGCAUGAUCGGGAAUGUCAUGGUCCUUCCAGAUCCCAGACCACUGAACUCCAACUGCUGUCUGUUCCUGUUCCAGAAAUUGAAUUUGUGCGAGUGAUGAGAGCCUCUGAUCAUGUUUCUUCCAUAUCCAUUAUCCAGUUCCUCAAGAAAGAUCCCAGCUGGGACCCCCACCUAUAUUUUCCUUUCCCACUGGAACGAACCGGAAAAUUAGUCACACGUUUUAGCCAAGACCUUCACUUAGUCUAUUAAGCCGAAAAAGAAAGAAAGAAAGAAGAGAAAAAACCAAUCCGUUUCCCCACGCAUGGUUAGUUCUCUUUUUCUUAUAUAAAGGGGAAGGCUCAAUCUCAAACCCUUCACACAAAGCCAACUAAGAUAGAAUUAGUAUGGCUUUCGUCCGUGGCAGCUUGUUGGGUCUGUCUGCUUCCUGGUUCUUCUAUGUCCUAGUGAUCUCGGUCUUGGCAGUUCAGCCUCAUCGAGCACAUGGCUUGAGUCGUGGCUUCGUUGGCCCAAAAAAAACUGCUGUAGCCCCACCAGCGGCUGGCAUAUGCGCUUCUUCUGUGACUGUACAUGGCUACAAAUGCCAGGAGCUUGAAGUGACGACCCAAGAUGGAUAUAUACUCAGCCUGCAAAGAAUCCCAGAAGGUCGUGUUAGGGAUGGCGUUGUUAAGCGGCAGCCAGUCUUAAUCCAGCAUGGGUUACUUGUGGAUGGAAUGACAUGGUUGCUGAACCCUCCGGAACAAAACCUGCCAAUGAUUUUGGCCGAUAAUGGGUUCGACGUGUGGAUUGCUAAUACUAGAGGGACCAGAUUUAGCCGACGACAUACCUCCUUGGACUCUAAUCAACCGGCUUUCUGGAAUUGGUCGUGGGAUGAAUUGGUGUCGUUUGAUCUACCGGCUGUUUUUGACUUUGUGUAUGGCCAAACGGGCCAGAAGAUUGAUUAUGUGGGCCAUUCCCUUGGGACAUUAGUAGCUUUGGCAUCCUUCUCGGAAGGUAACCUGGUGAAGCAGCUGAAAUCAGCGGCUUUGUUGAGUCCCAUAGCUUAUUUGAGCCACAUGAGCACUGCACUAGGCGUUGUUGCUGCCAAAUUCUUUGUUGGCGAGAUCGUCCAGCUUUUGGGGCUUACAGAGUUUAAUAUAAAAGAGGAGUCUGUUCGUAACCUUCUCAAGUCUCUGUGUGCCCGUCCGGGAGUUGACUGCUAUGAUUUAAUGAGUGCACUUACUGGCAAGAAUUGCUGUCUCAACUCCUCCACUAUUGAUCUCCUCCUGGUGAAUGAACCACAGUCAACAUCGGUCAAGAACAUGGUACACCUUGCUCAGAUGGUAAGAAAUGGCAUUGUGGCAAAAUACAACUACGGCCGGACUGGCUAUAAUUUGAAGCAAUACGGGGAAGCCAGCCCACCUAUUUAUAACCUCUCUAACAUUCCCCAUGACCUUCCCAUCUUUUUUAGCUAUGGCGGCCAAGACGCACUCUCCGAUGUGCAAGAUGUCAUGCUUCUACUCGAUAAUUUUAAAGCUCACGAUGUAGACAAGCUCUCAGUUCAGUUCAUCAAGGAUUAUGCUCACAUAGAUUUCAUCAUGGGGGUGAAUGCCAAGGAUGUAGUCUACAAUCAAGUGAUCGCAUUUUUUAAACGUCAGCAUUAAUGAUGCUUUUGGAAGCCUUGGAUCCUGUGAUCAGAACUAAUGUUUACUCUACUCAAUAAGAAAGUGAUUAUCAAAACUUUACAGAGUAAUAUGGAAGCCAUUAUAUAUAUAGAUGUGCUCUUUAAACAGUUUUGAGCACUUAAACACAGCUAAACUUAGAGGACAAUGUCAAGGGGGUGUGAAAGAUGUGCUCUCAUUGCCUAUGGUUUUCCAUUUACUCAUGUACUCUAUAUAUGUUAAAUUAUUUCGCACACGAUCAACAAACUGAUCAUUAAUUCAGAGUGUUUGAUGGGUAAUAUAUAUGGAAGAACAUGGAUGAAGAUUAUUGUCA